AUGGAGCCAGAAAAGGACGACAAUAAGACGCCGCCCGGCAUCGUGCCGGGGCCCGAAGUCGAAGAGUUCGCCAACGCCCUCGACAGCUGCCUGGCUCCCGGCCUGAGCGUAGCCGACAAGAGGGCGCGUGUCCUAGACCUCCCCCGCAAAUACCACGAAAACGCGAUCCGAAGGUUGAUACAAAAGAAGCCGCAGCGCCCGCGAGAUGGCCAGGGUGAUGUUGACAUGGACGCCUAUGAGCCCGUCCCCGCCGUCACAGACCCUGCGGACCUCAGCCAGAUGCAGCAGCUGGAAAAAGAGGUGCAGACGUGGGACCUGGUCCGGAGGCUGCUUCCAUUGAGGUACCCUGAAUCUCGCCCGCAGAAAAAGUCACUGUUUUCCUCCGCCGGCCCGACGCAACCUGCGCCCGCGCGCUCGCUCGAGGAACUCGUCGAUACCGACCCGAUACUCAAGGAGCGACGUGCUGUUAUCCAGUGGCUCCAGACGAACGCGUCUUCCGGCCCAGAUAUCGAUGAGCUGGCGCGGGAGCUACAACAGAACGCCGACAGAGGAGACAUCAUCGCCCAUGGCUGGCUACAUACUCGGUCCACAAUCAAGCACCGCAAGCGCCUGACGGCGUGGCCGCAUCUCCUAGAGCGCCAGUCCGCCGACAUUACCUCCUCACACGUCAACGCGGACGGCGCGCCGCUCGUUACCAACCUGGACCCUGAUGCCACCACACGACAGGCUCGCAAGCUCGAAUCCCAGGACGACUACUUUGAGCGCGCAAUCUGGCUGGGCUGCUUCGAGCACCUCCGCCGGGGGAGCACGCUGGACACUAUCCGGGAUUGGUGCCAAGAACGGACAGAAAUGUGGAGGGCGGUGUCAAUGUCAGGCCUGCUGCUGCCUGUCGACGGAAGGGAGGCCUUGGCCGACGCAUCUCCAGCCUCGAUUGCUCUGUGGCGGCGCAUGUGCCUCAGUCUGGCCCGCAACGGCGGUGCUGAUGACUACGAGCGUGCCGUGUACGGCCUGCUGGCCGGAGACAUCGCAAGUGUUGAGAAGGUGGCCAAGACCUGGGACGAUUUCGUGUUUGCAAACUACAACGCACUGCUGCGGACACAGAUCGACACCUUUCUGCUGGGGCAGUGUCCGCCGGACGUGGCAUCUGGCAUGACAAAGUCGUUCCCGUCAUUCGACGCGAUCCACUUUCACGGCGACCUCGACGGCCUCGAGAGACGCUUGAUUGUAUCCUUGGAGUCACAGAAAGCCACCAUGGAGGAGGCGAUGGAGCCCAACAAGGCUCUGCAGGCUUCGAUGAUCGCCAAUGACAUCGAUCGCCACCUGUACGAGCAGGCGUUGGUGAUGACCGACGAUGCAAACAAGGAUCAGCGGUCGCUUCUACUUCCCCGAACCCUUUCGGAUGGGACCGCCAUCACGCCGAGAAAAUAUUUUGGACUCGACCAACAUGACGGCCUCAGAAUAGUGGCCCACGUCUACGUGCUCAUCGCUCUGAUGCGCCACUUCGAUGAACUGGAGGGCCGUACCCCCGACAUUACAACCAACGCGCAAUGGCACUAUAGCCAAGAGAGCAUCCUGGCGGCAUACACUGAGUAUCUCGGGCAGGCCAAGCUGGAUGAGCUCAUCCCACUGUACUGCUCGAUCCUGGCGCCCCCUAGGCAGUAUGAAGUUUUGAGCUGGAACAUGAUCCACGAGCAGGACCCGGAGAGACGUGUGACACAGCUCAAGCUCAUCAAGCGCGUCGGCAUCGAUGUCCUCCAGUUCGUCGAGACGCUGGCCAAGCUGGUCUUCGAGGAUCUCGGCGACCACAGCGGCGGCGAGACGCCCACGGAGCCGUUCAGCAUCUUGAUGGACGGACCACCUACGGCUCGACUGGGACGUGGCAUCAAGGCCGACUUCUUUGGUGACGACGAGGCAGCCAUCAGUAUCAAGGAGGAGCAUGCCGUUCGAUCACUGGAGUGGCUGCUUCAAGUCCAGGUUGCAUGGCCGGAGGUCCUUCGCAUCGGCGUCCAGGUGUACAAGCACUUUUUCAAGCGAACGCAUCUACUUGCGGCUCGAAAGCUGAUGGAGCGCGUACAAUUCGACUCGAUCCUCCAAAACGUUACUGAUCAGGAAAUUACGGACUGGGCCACGCUCGACGACAUUGACUUUUGGGCUCAGCAGCUCGAGGAGAGCGGGAUAACGACGGCGACUCCCGAAGAAGUCAUGACGAGUGCCCGCAACUACCGCGAGCUCGAGUGCCUCGCCAAGGCUCUCGACGGCCUAGAAACUCUAGGGUCGUUGAUCGAGCUCUCCACCGAAGCACCAAGCGGAGAUCGGCCCAAGUUUUGGACCGGGGUCGGCGAGGCUGUUGGGGUGAUGAAGGAGAGAAUGCAGCCCCUGCUGGGAGGAUGGCUUCUGGCGAGCAUCGAGGAUGGCGACGAGGAGCUGGCACAGCUGAGGCAGGCCUACCUGCCGGAGACGAUACUAGGCUUUGUGAGCGGGCUGCACUACGCCGGGACCGGUCUCUCGCGAGAUCACCUGCUGGAGAGCAUGGAGCUGGCGACCAUCGUGGCGGAGCGCAACUCGGACCUGAUGGGCGUCUUCGUCAAGGCAGGCAGGAUGACGGAGCUGGUGGAGGCGUUUGCGGCGUGCAGCAAGGCGCUGGCCGUGGCGACGGGAGAGAAGAGGGCGACUGGCUCGAGUAGCAAGAAGCUGCGGGCAAUGGGCUGGUCGCGGGACCUGUGGGCCAUCAAGCAGUAA